CACUGGACUCUCCCAGAGAGCGUUAAGUGAGCAGCCGGGGACUCCCAGCGUGGCCAUGGACCCUGUGGGAGCAGCAGGCCCGUUGACUCACCUGAGCCUGCCGGACCACUCGGAGGCGCGACCGCAGAGCGGAGCCGACGGGCGGAGCCUCCUGGGCAGCUGGACCAGGUCCUCCCCAGAGUGCUCCACGGUCCUGAGGGAAGGCGUGCGCAGGUGCCUUCAGCAACAGUGCCAGCAGACCGUGAGGAUACUGCAUGCCAAGGUGGCCCAGAAAUCCUACGGAAAUGAGAAGCGGUUCUUCUGCCCCCCGCCCUGUGUUUACCUCGCAGGUCCCGGCUGGAGGGUGAAGCCAGUGCGGGGCCAAGCCCACCAGGAAGGGGAAACCGGGCCCACGGUCUGCGGUUACAUGGGACUGGAUGGCGCGUCCGGCAGCGCCGCCGAGACGCAGAAAUUGAAUUUUGAAGAGCAGCCGGACUCCAGGGAAUUCGGUUGCGCCAAGACCCUGUACAUCUCGGACGCGGACAAAAGGAAGCACUUUCGGCUCGUGCUGCGACUUGUGCUACGAGGGGGCCGGGAGCUGGGCACUUUCCACAGCCGCCUCAUCAAGGUCAUCUCCAAGCCCUCGCAGAAGAAGCAGUCGCUGAAAAACACUGACCUGUGCAUAUCCUCAGGCUCAAAAGUCUCCCUCUUCAACCGCCUUCGCUCCCAGACGGUCUCCACGCGCUAUCUCUCUGUGGAAGAUGGGGCCUUUGUGGCCAGCGCACGCCAGUGGGCUGCCUUCACGCUCCACCUGGCUGAUGAACACUGUUCCCAGGGGGACUUCCCACCUCGGGAAGGCUACGUCCGCUAUGGCUCCCUGGUGCAGCUGGUCUGCACUGUCACGGGCAUCACACUGCCUCCAAUGAUCAUCCGCAAAGUAGCCAAACAGUGUGCGCUCCUUGACGUAGAUGAGCCCAUCUCCCAACUGCACAAGUGUGCAUUCCAGUUUCCUGGUGGGCCUCCAGGAGGGGGUGGCACUUACUUAUGUCUUGCCACAGAGAAGGUGGUGCAAUUCCAGGCCUCCCCCUGCCCCAAGGAGGCGAACAGAGCUCUUCUCAACGACAGCUCUUGCUGGACCAUCAUCGGCACCGAGUCGGUGGAAUUCUCCUUCAGCACCAGCCUGGCGUCCACCCGAGAGCCCGUCACUCCGGUACCCCUCAUCAGCACGCUCGAACUGAGCGGUGGGGGUGACGUGGCCACGCUGGAGCUCCACGGUGAGAACUUCCAUGCGGGGCUCAAGGUUUGGUUUGGGGACGUGGAGGCCGAAACCAUGCACAGGAGCCCGCGGUCCCUGGUGUGCGUGGUGCCAGACAUAGCCGCCUUCGGCAGCGACUGGCGCUGGCUGCGCACCCCGGUCACGGUGCCCUUGAGCCUCGUGCGCGCCGACGGCCUUUUCUACCCCAGCGCCUUCUCCUUCACCUACACCCCCGAGUACUGCGCACAGCCCGGGUCCCCAGGCGCCCCCGAGCCCGCCGCCGCCGCUGACGCCGACGUGCUCCUCCAGAACAUCCACCACGAGUUCACGCGCACCAACUUCCACCUCUUCGUCCAGACGUAGCGCCGUCUGGACGUGGACUAGGUCCGCGCGCAGGGCUGAUCUCGGCCGUUUUCCUGGGUCCUGGGUCUUGCUCCCUGCGCCUUCGCUGCAAAGUGCAGACGGCAGCCUGAGCCACAGAAGGCUUCUCAACACAGAAACCCAGCCCCGCAAGCCUUAUGCGGGUCACUUGGUCGUCCUUACAGAUCUAGGAAGACACAACCUGGGCGAUGUGCCCUGUGCCCAGUCUCAGUUCCUAAAUCGAGCAAUCACAUUCUCUCUCUCCAUCAGUAACUCUGCAGAUCUCUCUGGUUGUGUGUCCCUAUCCCUUCUGCAUUGUCUCUGACUCUCUGUGUGUCUCAUAAUUUCACACACACUGAGAAGCAGCCAGGGGACUUUUAAUCCCCAGUCAGCUGUGUCUCCUCUUGAAGAAAAAAACACAUGGUUUCACACACCCAGGCAUGGGGCACAGGCACAGAGACAUGGCCUGCAUGUCCCGGAGCACCAGCUUUGUGGGGAGUACUCUAUCUGAUCUUGAGGGCCAAGUGCCACUGCGAGCACCGAGUCUGCGGCAGCACCAGGUCCUAUCUGGAACACUGGAUCGCACUCAGAGCAGCACUGAGUCCCUCCUAGAGCACAGGGGUCCUGCCCGGGAGCACUGGGUUCCAUCCUGGAGCACAGGAGUCCUGCCCUGUAGCACUCACUGGAUUCCACCCUAGAGCAGAAAAACCUACCACUCCUUGUGCUCCCUAUGGUUGAAGCUAGGCAUGGCACCCUUGCCUAUAUUUAUUCCCUGGUCUACAGCUUUGGUAGCUGGGCAGGUGCCUGGGACAGUGGUCAGGCCUUAACAUCUUAGGCACUUCUCUUGCAAGCCCAGAAGGAUGCAGUCCUGAGGAUCAGGGACUGCUUUGCUGCGCUAGUAUCAACCCCUAUCCAAGACAGAAUGUCAUCUGUCUGACCCACCUCCCCAAGAAGGGAGCUGCCCACUGCACUCCCUCCCACCCCACAACACACACACACAAGUCCAGCAGAGCAGAGAGCCUGCCUUUUGGACCCUUUUUGAAGAAGGAAUGAAGUCAGAAGCAGGUAGCAUCCCUGAGUCCCUGUCACUGCUGUGGGGGCUAUCUGUCAGCCCAGGGGAUGAGUUACCUUACCAGUUCUCCCCUCACUCUAAGCAAAGAUGCAUUCCAGGUCCAGAAACAAACACAGGAUACAGAACGAAACUUCCCCAGGACAACUUCCUAGGAUCAGCUGGGCGAUAACACAACUGAGAGAGGAGCUUCUCUGCGUGGGGCCCGGGAACCAAAUCACAAGCCAUCCCAAUCAGCCUGCCUGCCCUCUGCCAAUUCUAUGCUCUACAGGGAAGCAGAGAAACCAGGCAGGGUACUGGCUCAGGUUGGAACCAAGGAUACAGAUAAUAUGGGUGCCAGCUACCUGUAUUAGCCCCCUGGUGCUGACGAAUGGGGAGAGCUGGUCUGAAAUAUGGGUUCAGGGCUCUCACCCCCAGGCCCUUCCUCCAGCUCUGAAGAAGGGAUCAUUUCCCACAAAAUUCCUUCCCCAGAGCAUGGAAAGCCCCAUGAGAAAGAGGAAGCUGGCAUUUCCCAAGGGAAGGGCAUGGGGCUUGCUUUUGGCCCCAAAGUCUUGGUCAGGUUUUGUCAUCGGCCAUCAGCAGGCUAAGCCCCACUUUGACAGGGAAGGAGAAGCUUGCUCAAAGCCCCUCAUGUCCCCUGAGAGUGGAUCUGGCUGAGGACUGCAGGGAGCAAGUCGAACAGGAAAUGUCCCCAACACAAGUGCCUGUCUCAGGAGGGCCUGAGCUCACUGCCCCGUGAUGUCCAAGCAGGAAGCCACUUACAGGUGGCUAAGAAGAGUUCCGUAGGGUAUUACACAAGAAGUUGGGGCUCAAGGGCUCAAGGGCCCUCCAGCCCGACCCUCAAGGACUUCCUCUGCCACUCCACGGGGCAGGAGUCCGGCAGCCGAGAGCCCAGCCUGGUCUGAAAGCCCAGGUCCAGCCGUGCUACUCUGCCUUCUUCAGCGUUCCCGUCGGGGCACCCAGGACACUUGCUCUCAUCUAUGCACCCACCUGGAAGUCUCAAGGCUGCAGCUCUGCUGCUUCUGAGUUCCAGUGGCUGGAGGUCAUUGGAGGUCCUCCUGGUCCCAAGUCUGGAACCAUCUGACAUCAGCGCCCCCUCCCUCUCCAUCCCCGUCAAAGCAUGAAUUUUCUGUCUCCUUCAACGCUGGCCAGUCACCGAGGACUAAGGAGUCCACCUCUCUUACAUGAGAACAAGCUUCCUCUUUUCCUCUCCCUCCACUACUGCCUGCCCUGUUCCCCAACUCAGCUCAGGUGUCAUCUCCUCCAUGAUUUCCCUAGGGAAGAACUGGCUACAUAAUUUCUGGGGCCCACUGCAAAAUAAAAAUGUAUGGCCUUGUGUUAAAAAACACUACGAAUUUCAAGACAGCGAUAGCAGAGUAUAAAUCAAGGCAGAGCCUUUCUAAGCAUGGGGCCUUGAGUGACAGCACAGGUCAUGUGUCCUUGAAGCCACCCCUGACCCCAGGAACCUCACUGGGACCAUGUCACCACCCACCUUGGGUCAAAGAGCUUUAUAUACAUUUCAGUUGUCCCAUAUAUACUGUGAGAUUUGUGUGGAAAGAGGCUUGUUGCUGGGUGU